AUGCUUGCUAAUAUGCCUUGCUAUAAUAAUGUGAAUUAUUUUCCUAAAUGUAAAAAAAUUAUAGACCAUAUAACUGAUGAUCUUGGUGGAACGGAUUCUACUGAUGGUUUUUAUGUUACACAUAAAAUUGAGAAAAAUAUAUUUGAUCAAAAAUAUUGCGGAAUAGCUAUGUCAUAUAUACGAGAAAUAGAUUAUUAUAGUGAUUCACAUUAUGUAACUAAAGAAUCAGGUUUUUUAUACUUGCUUUAUUGGUUAUAUGAUAAAAUAAGCAAGGAUCAAGAAAACAAUGUACAUAAAGUUUAUGUGGCAUUGUUAAAGGCUCAUAAAACUGAUUAUAAAAGCUCUUGCUGCGAGGAAUAUGAAAAAUAUACUAUUUCCAAGGAGGAUAUAAAUGGUAUCGAUAAAAUGUAUAGUAUGUAUGAGUGCCUUAACAAAGUGAAAAAUAAAGAUGGAUCUUCUGAAACGGACUCAUUUUGUAAAGCUGUGGCAGCCUUUAUAAAUAAUUACAAUACAGAAAUCCAUAGUGGAGCUGCUGAAUCACAAAACUCCACAUUACUAAACGAAUGCCAAAAUAAUAACAGGAUUCCUACAAUAAUUAUAAUAAUUAUAGGACUAUUAAUAUCAGUUGCAUUUCUAAUAUUAUAUAAAACUCCUCUUGGUUCACGUUUUCGUUCUUUACUUGAAAAAAAAAAAAAUUAUUGGAAUACUAUAGAUCUAGAAACAAAUAAUAUACAGCCACCUAAUAUAACAGAAUGUGAUAAAAAUUACAAUAAAUAUGAUAUAUUAUAUCAUUGUGACUAA